UCCGCCCGUGGGGGGGCACCGGGGGGAGAGGCAGCCUGCGGCCCGGAGGAAGCUCCCGGAGGAUGGGCGAGGAGGAGGAGGCGGCACACGCACGGCUGGGCCAGCGGAGGAUGAAUUAGGAGCCACAGGAGGCUGCCGCCGGCACCGAGGGGGGAAGACGAGAGGAAGGGGCUGGACUUGGAAGAGGAGGAGGAGGAGGAGGAGGGUGCGCGGGGGGGGGGACUGAGUAUCGCUAAUAACAAGUUAAAGACUAAUAACAAUAAUAACAGACCACCUCCAGGAAGAUCCGCGGCGGAGGCUGAGCGGUCCCCGCGGAGGCCAGUGGGGUUGCAGCGCUGGGUAGCUUGGAGAGACGCUCCGAGGCAUCAGUCUGUGGUGGUGGCUGAUUUUUUUUUUUGGGGGGUGGGCGGGGUGGGGGCCGUGUUUGCGGGAGAAGGAAGGGGUGGGAGUCGGAGGAGCGGACUACCUUUCCAUUAUUAUUUUUAUUUUUUUGUUGAUAUUAUUUUCGCCGUGCAAGGAGGACGCUCGGAAUUCACCGGCCUGUCGGCUCCCGAGAGGGACCCGGGGAUUGUUGCGGUCGCUUUUCUUUAUUAUUUUUUUUAAUUUUAUUUUAUUUAUUUUUUUUGUCGGUCGGUUCGUUUGUUUUGAUUUGGCUUUUUGUUGCCGUCAUUCUCAUUUUCCUUUUCCCGCUGAGCAGCGGCGGCGGCAGCAAUAUGGCUGGUGAUGGGUUUUUUGGGGGGCGCUGGCGGCGGGAGGAGCUCUCGGAAGCCCCUGCGCGCCGGGCCCGCUGUUAGCUAUGGCAAAUGGCAGCGGCGGCGGCUCCUACCCGGGCGGCAGCGGCGGCGGCGGCGGCCUUAGAAUGAGUAACAAUAUCAACGCCAACAAUCUCAACACAGACUCGUCCUCCUCCCCCGUCAAUGUGCCCAAGAUGGAUGCGCUCAUCAUCCCGGUGACCAUGGAGGUGCCCUGCGAUAGCCGCGGACAGCGCAUGUGGUGGGCUUUCCUCGCCUCAUCCAUGGUCACUUUCUUUGGGGGACUGUUUAUCAUCCUGCUGUGGAGGACCCUCAAGUACCUGUGGACUGUCUGCUGCCACUGCGGGGUCAAAAGCAAGGAGGCCCAGAAGAUCAAUGGUGGUGGAGAUACACAGGCAGAUGGGGCCUGCAAACCAACGGAUGAAAAAGAGGAGAAUGUGGCAGCAGAAGUGGGAUGGAUGACCUCUGUAAAAGAUUGGGCAGGAGUCAUGAUAUCUGCCCAGACAUUAACUGGCAGAGUACUUGUUGUCUUAGUCUUCGCUCUUAGUAUUGGUGCUCUUGUAAUAUACUUCAUAGAUUCAUCAAACCCAAUAGAGUCCUGCCAGAAUUUCUACAAAGAUUUCACGUUACAGAUCGACAUGGCUUUCAAUGUGUUCUUCCUACUCUACUUCGGCUUGCGUUUCAUAGCAGCCAAUGACAAGCUAUGGUUUUGGCUAGAAGUUAACUCAGUAGUAGAUUUCUUCACGGUCCCUCCAGUGUUUGUGUCAGUAUAUUUAAACAGAAGUUGGCUUGGUUUAAGAUUUUUAAGAGCCCUUAGACUGAUACAGUUUUCAGAAAUAUUGCAGUUUCUGAAUAUCCUUAAAACAAGUAAUUCCAUCAAGCUCGUGAAUCUGUGCUCUAUAUUUAUCAGCACAUGGCUGACAGCAGCUGGGUUCAUACAUUUGGUGGAGAACUCAGGGGAUCCAUGGGAAAAUUUCCAAAAUAAUCAACAGCUAACAUAUUGGGAAUGCGUUUAUUUACUGAUGGUUACAAUGUCCACUGUUGGUUAUGGAGAUGUUUAUGCAAAAACAACCCUUGGUCGCCUUUUCAUGGUCUUCUUCAUCCUUGGAGGAUUGGCCAUGUUUGCCAGCUACGUCCCUGAAAUCAUAGAGUUAAUAGGAAACCGCAAGAAAUAUGGUGGUUCCUAUAGUGCGGUUAGUGGAAGAAAGCACAUAGUUGUCUGUGGUCACAUAACACUUGAAAGUGUGUCCAACUUCCUGAAGGACUUCCUGCACAAGGAUAGGGAUGAUGUCAACGUAGAAAUCGUCUUUCUCCAUAAUAUCUCCCCUAACCUUGAGCUGGAAGCUCUCUUUAAACGACACUUCACUCAGGUGGAAUUUUAUCAGGGUUCAGUCCUUAAUCCCCAUGACCUGGCAAGAGUGAAGAUAGAGUCAGCAGAUGCGUGCCUAAUUCUUGCCAAUAAAUACUGCGCUGACCCAGAUGCUGAAGAUGCCUCCAAUAUUAUGAGAGUUAUUUCAAUAAAGAAUUACCAUCCGAAGAUAAGAAUUAUCACUCAGAUGUUGCAGUAUCACAAUAAGGCCCAUCUACUAAAUAUCCCAAGCUGGAACUGGAAAGAAGGGGAUGAUGCAAUCUGUCUUGCUGAGCUCAAGCUGGGUUUCAUAGCCCAGAGCUGCCUGGCACCUGGCCUUUCAACAAUGUUAGCCAACCUCUUCUCUAUGAGAUCAUUCAUAAAGAUUGAGGAGGAUACGUGGCAGAAAUACUAUCUGGAAGGAGUUGCAAAUGAAAUGUAUACAGAAUAUCUGUCUAGUGCCUUUGUGGGUUUGUCUUUCCCUGCAGUUUGUGAACUGGUGUUUGCGAAACUAAAGCUCUUAAUGAUAGCCAUAGAAUACAAGUCGGAAAAACGAGAAAGCAGCAUAUUAAUCAAUCCUGGAAACCAUGUCAAGAUUCAAGAAGGUACCUUAGGAUUCUUCAUUGCAAGUGAUGCCAAAGAAGUAAAAAGGGCAUUUUUUUACUGCAAGGCCUGUCAUGAUGACAUCACAGAUCCCAAAAGGAUAAAAAAAUGUGGCUGCAAACGGCUUGAAGAUGAGCAGCCAUCGACACUAUCACCCAAAAAAAAGCAACGAAAUGGAGGCAUGAGAAAUUCACCCAACUCCUCACCCAAACUGAUGAGGCAUGACCCCUUGUUAAUUCCUGGCAAUGAACAGAUUGACAAUAUGGAUGCCAAUGUGAAAAAAUAUGACUCUACUGGGAUGUUUCAUUGGUGUCCAGCCAAGGACAUUGAAAAGGUCAUUUUGACUCGAAGUGAAGCAGCGAUGACAGUUUUAAGUGGGCAUGUUGUCGUUUGCAUAUUUGGAGAUGUUAAAUCUGCUUUGAUUGGAUUAAGAAAUUUAGUGAUGCCUUUACGAGCCAGCAACUUUCACUACCAUGAACUCAAGCACAUUGUGUUUGUGGGUUCACUUGAAUACCUGAGAAGGGAGUGGGAGACGCUGCAUAACUUCCCAAAGGUUUCAAUCUUGCCUGGUACGCCAUUAAGUCGGGCUGAUUUAAGGGCUGUCAACAUCAACCUCUGCGACAUGUGCGUUAUCCUGUCAGCCAAUCAGAAUAAUAUUGAUGAUGCUUCGCUGCAGGACAAGGAAUGCAUCUUGGCGUCACUCAACAUCAAAUCUAUGCAGUUUGAUGACAGCAUUGGGGUCUUGCAGGCUAAUUCCCAAGCAGAUCGGGAGACAAUUUCAGAUCUACAUUCUGUUGUCUUUGCAGGCUUUACACCCCCUGGGAUGGAUAGGUCAUCACCAGACAACAGUCCGGUCCAUGGCCUGUUACGUCAACCUUCCAUUACAACAGGCGCCAACAUCCCUAUUAUAACAGAGCUAGUAAAUGAUUCAAACGUUCAGUUCUUGGACCAAGAUGAUGACGACGAUCCAGACACAGAACUGUAUCUCACGCAGCCCUUUGCAUGUGGAACCGCAUUUGCUGUCAGUGUGCUGGACUCUCUCAUGAGCGCAACAUACUUCAAUGACAAUAUCCUCACACUGAUACGGACAUUGGUAACAGGAGGAGCCACACCGGAGCUGGAAGCACUGAUUGCUGAGGAAAAUGCAUUGAGAGGAGGUUACAGCACACCACAGACACUUGCAAACAGGGACAGGUGUCGAGUUGCUCAGUUGGCUUUGUAUGACGGGCCAUUUGCAGACCUAGGGGAUGGAGGUUGUUACGGAGAUCUAUUUUGUAAAGCACUGAAAACAUACAAUAUGCUUUGCUUUGGAAUUUAUCGAUUAAGGGAUGCACAUCUAAGCACUCCCAGCCAAUGCACUAAACGUUACGUUAUCACAAACCCACCGUACGAGUUUGAGCUUGUGCCGACAGACUUGAUCUUCUGUUUGAUGCAAUUUGACCACAACGCCGGCCAGUCCCGAGCCAGUCUUUCUCAUUCCUCCCAUUCCUCCUAUUCUUCCAGCAAGAAGAGCUCAUCUGUUCACUCCAUCCCAUCCACAGCAAACCGACCGAACCGCACCAAGACCAGGGAUUCCCGGGAAAAACAGAAGUACGUGCAGGAAGAUAGACUUUGAUGUGUGUACCUGCUCCCACUGUGUGUGAAACUUGCAUUCACCUCCCAUUCUCCCCAGUUAAUGUGUCCAACAGUAACGUUCCCCGUUUUGCCAUGGAGCUCUCCCUUUUUGUACACAUUUUUUGCAUAUGUAUGACAGUGUGCAUGAGAUUGUCAUUUUUAUUUCACCACCAUAAAACCCUUAAGCACAACAGCAACAAAGCAGACGGACCAAAAAGUUAUUUAUGAUGCUAGGGGAGAUAAAAAUUCUAAAACCCAUAGGCACAUUGAAAACUUAAAUAACUCACUGCAGUUACUCUACAUAUCAGAAAACAGAGUGUAUUUAAUGUGAACACUUUUGAUGUUAGAGUUACACAAAAGAAGUCAUUAGCACAGAAGCGUUGAUGUAUGUUGCUGUAGGUUUUUAUAAUCAUAUUUACAGGAGUUACCCCAUGUAGUUGAAGCUUACAAAACUAACCAGCUGCAAAACAACAACAACAGCAAAAACACUAAUUUUUCACUCUCAAAGCUUAUAUUGUAUAGGGCUUACACUCUUUGUAUAGAUUAUCGCUACGCACCUGCUUUAUACCAAAGCAACAUCAGGGAUGAAGUUGCUCGUUUUAUGUUAUUCUCUGAAAUACAAGCCUUUUGGAGAUAGCGGUUUUUUUCCCCUUUAAUCCUGAAAUUGUCUGGGAAUGGAGUUGUCAAACUCCAAUGGUUUAAUUUCAAUUUAGAAAGAGUCUAAUUGCAUAUUAAAUUAUUAUUCUGUCUAUUUAUACAGCCACAGAAAUAGCUAUAUUUUCUUUCACUUUUGACAUUUGGGAUAAAAAGCCAUAUGUAUCAUAAAUAUCAGACGUAAGUCAAUAAAAACUGCCUUGCUGGGACUUUUACAUCUUUAAAAGGUGAAUUAGUCACCUUAUGUAUAGAAUAAAUAAUGUUCAGAAAAGAGCAAGCAUUUUUCUGUGCUUAAGUAUUAGUUCUCGGGGGACUUUAUUCCUUUCCCCAGAUGGUAGUUUAGUGUUUCCUAGUUAGAGCGAUGGUAUAAAUCUUCCAACGAGAGUCCCAAUACGCAAGGACCCUCUGGAAAUCCCAGGCAAUGUUCCAGCUGUUUUUUUAUAAGAGGGGUGUGCCAGUACACGUUAAGCAGGAAUACGAGGGAAGACAACAGAGCACCUUUGAGAUCUGAGAGGUUCCUCUCCCAAUUGGAAAGAAAAGGUGCUGCACCCUAGAUGGCUAACGAGCAGAACAAGAGGGCCGGGCUGAAAACAUCCACUAUUCCGAGGCAUCAUGUUCUAGGCACAUGCCAGAUUCUGGUUGUUGCAUAUUCUCAGCAAUUACUCACCCAGCCAGAGAUUGUGUCAAGGAGGUAAAUGAAGUAGUGGAAAGGAAUCUAUCCUAGACAGCCACAAAAAGGAUACUCGAGGACUAGAGUUUAAUGUCAAAUGCCAACGUUCCAAAAUAUAUAGAAAUAGUUCUAGGCGAUUUGAAGAGGUGCCCAGGGUAAUGAGUAGGAAGGCCAGGAGAAACAUGCCACAUCGCUACCCAGCAAGAAAGCGUACAGGGGGAAAAUAAGUACUUUGACGCGGGAGCGAUGAGCAUUGUAACAGCCAACCCAGACAAGGUGCUUUUAUGGUUAGUGUUGUUUUCUACCUUCCCCUUCCCCAAGCAUGAUAAGUUUGAAGAAUUGCUUGCUGUGUGAUUUGACAAAGAAGCCAAGCACUUUUACUGACAAAACCUGGAACCAUCUAAGCGGGCUACGGAGAGUGCCGUGCAGUGUUAAGCACGAUUGGAAUGCAGUAUAUACGUAUGUGUGCAUUCAAACGCAUCUGUAACUCCUGUCAGUGAAAUAUGCGGCAAAUUUUGGUCGCUCCCCCCCCCAAACAAGUAUAUUACAGUUGCUCUUGAUCAUAAAGACACAUUCGUGUGUUUCUUCUUUCAAAGAAAGUUAUCGUGUUUUGCCCCGAGAAUAUUUAUGACUACAAGGAUGUGCCAGUUAAAGUGCUCAACAGGAAAUAUGACAGUUUAAAAGCAUUGUAAAACUUACAUAGCUUACUUCUUUUUCUAAAGUGCAACAAGGAUGAAUAGAAUGGGCCAAGGUAUGAUAAUUAAUGGUUCUGCAUGACCUAGCAACUGCUGUGGGUUUCCUUCUAUAACUUUGUCCUUGUGAAAACUUGUGAGAU